AUGUUUUCCUUUCUUCAUUAUCUCAUCAUUAGCAUCUCAAUUCUCAAACAUUCUACCACUUUGGCUCAAAAGAACAGUGGCACUGUCAGUAUUGAUGCCACUCUCACAGCUGGUGAUAAAGCCUUCUCAUGGCUUUCUUCUUCAGGUGACUUUGCCUUGGGAUUUCAGCAACUUUCUGACAAUAAAGAUCUCUUCUUGCUUGCCAUAUGGUUCAACAAAUUGCCUGAAAGAACAGUAGUAUGGAGUGCAGAAACUCCCAACAAUCCAACCCGAAAAGGGUCCAAAUUAAAGCUCACUGCAGACCGUGGUUUAUUGCUCACUGACCCUCGAAACCAAGAGCUGUGGAACUCUGACCCCAUUAUAAGUCAGGUAGAUAUGGCUAUUUUCAAUGAUACUGGUAACUUUGUUCUUGUCAAUAGAAACUCGGAGAAAAUAUGGGAAAGUUUUAGUCACCCCACUGACACUUUGCUACCAACACAAGUAUUGGAAAAGGGAGAUGUAGUCUCUUCAAGGGACUCAAGUACCAACUUUUCUAGAGGAAGAUUUCAGCUUUUUUUGCUGAAAGAUGGGAAUGUUGUGCUUGAUAGCAUAAACUUACCAUCUGAGUUUACCAAUGCGAAUUACUACACAAGUGGUACUACUAAUACCAACUCUUCAAAUCCUGGUAAGCAACUUGUGUUUAAUGAAUCAGGUAGUUUAUAUGUAUUGAGAGAGAAUAAUGAAAUGUUUACGCUAAGUGGAGCAGAGAAUGUUUCUGGUGCAGACUAUUAUUAUAGAGCAACUCUUAAUUUUGAUGGUGUUUUUACUAAGUAUUCUCACCCCAAGAAUCCCACUAUGGAAAAUAGUUGGUCUGCUGUUUGGUCCAUACCAGAUAAUAUUUGCAUAAAGAGUUUUGUGUUUGGAAGUAGUGGGGCUUGUGGUUAUAAUAGAAUAUGUAGACUAAAUGUAGAUAAAAGGCCAGUUUGUGAAUGCCCAAGAGGGUUUUCUCUACUUGAUGCUGAUGAUGAGUAUAGAGGCUGCAAACCAAAUUUUCUUCAAAGCUGUGAAGAAGAGACAAAGAGUUCAGCUGAUAGUUUGUACACAUUUCAAGAGAUCAAAGAUAUUGAUUGGCCAACGGGUGAUUAUGAGGUACUUCAGCCUUAUGAAACAGACAAAUGCAAAGAAACGUGUUUGAAUGAUUGUAUGUGUGCGGUUGCAAUUUUUAGGAACAAUACUUGUUGGAAGAAAAAGCUACCUCUCACAAAUGGGAGACUUGACUCCAAUGCUGAGGCAAGGGCUUUCAUCAAAGUUAGGAAAUCUGAUUUUCCUCUUGAGAAUCCUUCUUCAUCUUCACAGACAAAGAGCCAAAAUGUUAUAAUAAUUGCAGGCUCAGUCCUCUUAGGUACUUCUUUGUUUGUCAAUUUUCUGCUGCUUGGGGGAGUUAGCAUGGGAUUCUUUUUCAUUUACAAGAAGCGGGUUACAAGGCCUCAAUCUGACAGGGAAGUUUCUCGUUUCAACUUAAGAUGUUUCACUUACAAAGAUCUCACUGACGCAACUGAUGACUUUAAGGAAGAACUUGGAAGAGGUUCAUUUGGCAUUGUCUACAAAGGAACUUUGAAAGAUACUAAUGACCAAGUUGCAGUUAAGAAGCUUGAUCGAGCAUUUCAGGACAGUGAAAAGGAAUUCAAAGCUGAAGUGAAUGUGAUUGGUCAUACACAUCAUAAGAAUCUAGUUCGAUUGCUUGGUUUUUGUGAAGAGGGAGAGCAAAGACUGCUGGUGUAUGAGUUCAUGAGCAAUGGAACUCUAGCAGGUUUUCUUUUUGGUGACAUGAGACCAAGUUGGAACCAAAGAAUCCAAAUAGCUAUGGGAGUUGCUAGAGGACUUCUGUACUUACAUGAAGAGUGCAACACUCAGAUCAUCCACUGCGAUAUAAAGCCUCAAAACAUACUUCUUGAUGAGUCAUACAAUGCUCGAAUCGCGGACUUUGGAUUGGCAAAGCAUUUGUUGAUGAACCAGAGUCAUACUAAUACUGCCAUUAGAGGAACAAAGGGUUAUGUUGCUCCUGAAUGGUUUAGCAACAUGCCAAUCACUGUGAAAGUAGAUGUUUAUAGCUUUGGGGUGUUACUGCUUGAGAUCAUCUGUUGUAGGAGAAAUGUUGAUGUUGAAAUUGCAGCUGAAGAAAAAGCAAUUUUAGUGUACUGGGCUUAUGAUUGUUACACAGAAGGAACACUUGAUGUAUUGGUUGGAAGUGAUAUGGAGGCCAUUGAAGACAUGAAGAGCUUGGAGAGGUUUUUGAGAGUUGCAAUUUGGUGCAUUCAAGAAGACCCUUCUCUAAGACCAUCCAUGAAGAAGGUUAUGUUGAUGCUUGAAGGUAUUGUUCAAGUUUCUGCUCCUCCAAGUCCAUUUCUGUUUGGUUCCAUUAUUUGAAGCUUGGUUUGAUUCCCUUGUUUAUGAAUGAUGUAAACUGAUUCAUUAUAAAUAAUGAUAUUUUAAGUUCUGUGCAUUUUAUUAGAUUUGAUGUUCUGGUCUGAAAUGUAAAUGUAUGCACAAUAUUUCAUGAAUGUACUGAAUUGGUUUGUAAUGAAAUGUACACAACCUUAGUUUUGUA